GAGAGAGAGAGAGAAAGAUAAAAAAAGAUAAAAAAAAUACAAAUGAAUCAGAAUUUUCAAUAGAAGAAAAGUAAUCCGUUUGACAUGUUCCAACAUUUACAAAAAUAGAAAAAGUGCGUAAAAACAGACAGUUCUUUAGGAAUUUUACAGAAAUAAGAAAACAGAGAGAGAAAGAGAGAAAGGGAGAGAGAGAGGGGAGGGAAGGGAGAGAGAGAGGGGAGGGAAGGGAGAGAGAAAGAGGAUUUGAAUGGAAGAACAGUGAUUAGAGAUGUUUUAACAACAUUAAAGAGUCUUGCAAGUCUUAAUUGAACUUUCACAAUGGCGGACAAGAAUAAAAUUCUGCCCUGGCCACUUCUACCCUAUCCAGCCAGUCUUUUGAAUCAUGUUUGGUACAGUCAACUCGCAUUAAAUACUAGAAUAUUAGAAAGUAUGAAAAUGCCAGCUAGAACGUCAGGUUUUCACAUAAGUGAUAUAUUAGAACUAAAUGAUGCUAAACCAUCUCAAGAAGAGAAUGAAGUUCAAGGAAGUACAACUGUUCUACCGACGGCGAAUGACGUUCCAUCAGCCUAUCAACAAUUUUUAGAACACACGACAGCAGCCAUGUUACAACCAGCAAUGCAUGCGAAUCUUAACAGGGGUAGUUUGCCACCACCACCCCCAGCAUUACUUGGCUGGCCAAGUGGACCUACAGCUUUACCAACGACACUACCACAACCUUUAGAAGAAGUAAACAUUCUCCAACAGCCAGACUCGACGAGUCCAGCAAUCUCAGAGCUAUCCUUCCCGUCGCAACAAGAGAACAGUCACGAGUCUAAGGACGAAGAGUCACAGGAUUUCGAGGAGGAACAUCCGAACGGUGAAACACAAAGUCACGAGGCUGAACAUAAAAAGAGGAAACGACGAGUAUUAUUUUCUAAAGCUCAAACUUAUGAGCUUGAGAGAAGAUUUCGUCAACAGAGAUAUCUCAGUGCACCGGAAAGAGAACACCUAGCAUCGAUUAUUCGAUUGACCCCAACGCAAGUUAAGAUUUGGUUUCAAAAUCAUAGGUAUAAGACGAAACGUGCGGCAACUGAAAGAGUCGAAGCUGGUGGAAGUGGUUGUUCACCAAGAAGAGUAGCAGUUCCAGUGUUAGUAAGAGAUGGUAAACCAUGUCAAUCAAAACUGAUGGAACCAACAACUUAUCCCGGGAAUGGUCAAGUGCCUAUGGCUCCUUACAUGCAAAAACCAUACUGGUGGUAAGACUUAAUUGAUUAACAAAUAUGUGAGGUCGCAUUAGGACGGCCUUGAACACCUUUAUAAACCUCGUCAGAUCUAGUCAGGAUUAAGACGUUAUCAAUGAAGAAUAGAAAAAGUGAUGUUUUAAGAGAUCCUGACUGAAAAUCAAUGAACAAGGGAUUCAUUUGUUACCUUCAUUAAAAAACCAAAGAGAAUUUAUUUGGGACGAUUUAAACAAUUAAAUGCUCGUCUCGUAUUAAAAGAAUUCCUGACGAGAAUGUGAUCUUAAUAGUGCGAAUGGAAUGAAAUAAUACAAAAAAAAUAAAAUAAAUAAAAUAAAAUAAAAUAAAAUAAAAUAAAAUAAAAUAAAAUAAUAAAAAUAAAAAUAAAAAUAAAUAAUCGUGUAAAUUCGAUCUCGUAUAGAUGAAUGUGUAAUGACUCUUAUUAUCUUCGUAUAGGACGUAGUGUGAUACGUACGAAUGAAAGUCCAACUUUACGUACUUUAAUUUGUCUUGUUCUUUUUUUUUCCUUUUUAUUAACAAAUCGUCUAAACGAAAAUUAGAAAAAGAACAAUAUGAGAAUGAUAUAUCAAUCUAAUUCAAUUUCUAUGAUAGAAAUCUCUUCGAAAGAUUGAUAUCUUUGUGAUCCAUCGUAUCUACGAUUUUUAAUUGUUAAUGUGUAAAAAGAAGGAUUGCACAAGUUCGUCCUUCAAUAGUCUAUUAGACAAUUAUUUCAGUAGAUUGUGUAUAUAUGUACA